GCCUAAAACAAUAUUGGUGGCAGAAAAGUUCGGGAAACACUGGUCAGACUACAGCCCUGGUGUGUGUCUGGGUUGAUGUCCAUUCAAGUUAACUAAACUGCUUUUAGUUUUGCAUUCCAUCGCAAUGUUUUUGCGUUGUCCAGCAAAGUCAAAAUAAUGCAAGGGAUUGCAAAAUAGCUCUACAAGUUAUUUUUUUGUCACCGAAAGUUCCGUAGUAAGCUAUUAACCUGAUAUGCUACAGUCAAAGUAUGUUUUAAACCUCAAGCUGCAAAGCAAACGAAGGAUGCCAAAUUUGCUCUUAAUACCUUUCCUUUGGGCGUGUCUCCAUAGUAGCGUAGCCUACAGAAGGCAGCUGCGCCAGAUCCACACAGCACAGGACAAGUGUGGCUUAGAAAUGUCACUGUCAGUGUCUCUCGCUCUCUCGCCGCUCAGACAGGUGACGCGCCUCUGUCGCCCGCUGUCAUCGGCGGUGGACAGUAGUGUCCAGAGGAACAGGUCAGGGACCCGCGAGUUAAAUGUGGAAACGCCAUCUUCGGGAAAGUUCAAGACCAUUGAUGACUUACCCGGACCCAGUCUGGCUACGACGGUGUACUGGCUAUUCGUUAAGGGUUAUGCCGACAAAAGCCAUGCAAUGCAGGUGGAGCACAAGCAGCUGUAUGGUCCCAUCUGGCGUUCCUGCUUCGGGCCGUUUGACAUCGUUAACGUGGCGACCCCCGAGCUCAUCGCCCAGGUGAUCAGACAGGAGGGGCGCUAUCCUGUCCGCACGCUCCUGUCACACUGGAAGGAGUACCGAGACCUGCGGGGUCAAGCCUACGGACUUCACGUGGACACAGGCCCUGAGUGGUCCCGGCUGCGGAGUGCCCUGAAUCCCAAGAUGCUGAAGCCCCAGGAGGUGACGGCGUUCGUGCCAGUCAUCCACGACGUCGUCGGCGACCUGCUAUCCCGCCUGGAGACGCUGCGUCUGCGCAGCCCCGACCACGUCACUGUCUGUGACCUCGCCGCCGAGCUCUACAAGUUUGGCUUCGAAGGGAUCUCGUCUGUCCUGUUUGCGACGCGGUUGGGCUGCCUUCAGGAGGACAUUCCCACGGAUACGCUCCGCUUCAUCAACGCCACCAGCGACAUGCUUCGACUGUCCGAAACGGUGAUCUUCCUCCCGCGCUGGACCCGAGCCUUCCUGCCCUUCUGGAAGCAGUUUGUGCAGGCCUGGGAUGACCUCUACGACGUCGCUCAGCGUCUGAUAGAUAGGAAGGUGGAGGAGAUGGAGUCCAAAAUGAGUGUUGGAGAGGAAGUGGAGAGUGUGUAUCUGAUGCACUUGCUGUCCAGCGGCAAAGUGACCAAAGAGGAGGUCUACAUCACCAUCACAGAACUGCUACUUGGAGGAGUGGAUACGACCUCCAACACACUGUCCUGGACGCUGUACCACCUGGCGCGGGACCCUGAGGUGCAGGACAGGCUGCGACGGGAGGUGACGGACGUGUGCCCGGACAGACGUUUGCCCACCUCGGACGACCUGGCACACAUGCACUACCUGAAGGCCGUCAUCAAAGAGACCCUCAGGCUGUAUCCCGUUGUCCCGGGCAACGGCCGUGUCACUCUGGAGAAUGACGUUGUUGUGGAUAAUUACUGGUUUCCUAAAGAGACCCAGUUCCACCUGUGUCACUAUGCGGUGAGCCACGAAGAGGGUGAGUUCCCGGACGCGGAGCGCUUCACGCCGGAGCGUUGGCUGCGGGGGACGCCGACGCGCUCGCAGCAUCACCCCUACAGCUCCAUCCCGUUCGGAGUGGGCGUCCGCGCCUGCGUGGGCAAGAGACUGGCCGAGCUGGAGAUGUACUUCGCCCUGUCACGGAUUAUGCAACAUUACCACGUUCGACCAUGUGAGGGCGCCAGUGUCAUUCAGCCCAAGACACGGACUCUCCUUAUACCGUCUCAGCCAAUCAACUUGCGGUUCCUCCCAAUCGCCUGAAGGGGGCACUCAUGUCACCUGUUCAGUGAGAUUGCAGCAGUAGCCUGGACUACUGCUCUGAGACCACUAAGGGAAGACAUAUCACAGAUCUGACCAAAUCACAUGGACACCACUGUUUCACUAACACCACCAUUCAAAUACACUGUGUACACUCUCUCUGCGGGACACAACGUUUAGUGUUCAGUUUUGAACCAGUGCACACCAGCAAAGGGGGAUGAACACCAUGAACAGACAGAGAUAAAUAAGGUCACUAACUGCCCACAUGCCCAUGGCAGUGCCUACAUGCCCAUGGCAGUGCCUACAUGCCCAUGGCAGUGCCCACAUGCCCAUGGCAGUGCCCACAUGCCCAUGGCAGUGCUGUUGUGUGGAGACCGCUGACAUGCCAUGACACGUGAUCGGGGCAUUUGGACGACAGGGGUCAGUGACUAAGUUGCCCUCUGAUAGGUCCACUGAGCUCACUGCGUCAGCAUCACCACAACAUUCCGGGAGAGAUGGAACGGAAUAUGGACUUUCACGGAACGCCGUUUCCUUCAUCCCAUUCCGCCAACUCAUGCACUUUGUUUGAAAUGUUUUAACAGGUUCAAUGAUAUUAUAGUUUCCUUUUUGAGCUCACCUGUGUAUAUAUAUAUAUAUAUAUAUAUAUAUAUAUAUAUAUAUAUACAGUGAGCUCCACAGUAUAUGUAUAUAUUAAUAUAUACACUGUGAAACUCACUGUUAUAUGUAAGCUUUUGUGGGAUGAAUGAUUGCAAAAGACUGCCAGACAUAUCAUGAACUUACCAAAAGCCCAGAAGGCAUUCUUAUCCCUCUGCUUUCAGAAAGAUAUCAGCAUUGUAGCUCUGCACAUGUUUCAUCUUUGUCUUUUAAGUAAUCAUUGCAGCUCCUAGUAUACAGAUUCUGUUUCUUUCCUGUGCAGGAAUAUAUGCUCUCAUAUCUCUGUUUUGAAUGUGAACAGCGCUGUGUUAGUUUCAGGUUUGUAAUCAUAUAGUCCAAGACUGCCAUCAAGGUGUCAUUACUGACUAAUUACUUACAGACUGAUUGCGUGCAUUGUGUACGUUAUUUUGUACCCUAUAAGAUGUAUUUUUGUCUUUCUGUGGGUGUGUGAGAUUCGUCACUAGAGAUUCGUGAUGGUUUAUGACAUUUGUGGCGGUCUGUCAGCAGAUGACUGUGCUCUUACAGUGCCAACAAUUGCAGAAGGUCUCCAGCAUGCCUGAGGACACUUUCCUAUUGCCACGUGCCUACAAAAGAUCAAUCAUUGUGCUUAACAAUAACCAAAACUUAAAAUAGCAUGAUGUCGUGUGUGGCAUCCCAUCUAUGGUCUUUAAACCCUAUUUGUACAUGUGGCCAACCACUGAUUAAAGGGAUUCAUUUUUGUGAUGUUUAA